AAUCUAGAAGUAUUAAUAGCACGUAAGUAUAAGAUUAUUGGAGGUGGUGGGCUUUGCAUUUUGUAUAAAGUUUUCUUCUUCCCCUGUUCUCUCCUCCACAAUGCCUGUGCAGCCAAUACAGUUGGAUCAGUUCGGGAGGCUUUACAGACAAAUAGACUACCAGAAGAAUCAGCAGCACCUACCUCCGGUCUACCUGGCCAGUUCAAACAAAGACCACCAAUUUAUAACAGUAGCUCAACUACAUCAUCUACCUCGACAACCACUGCCGCAGGUACUGCACCUGUCACCACCACAACACCAACAACACCGGUACAGCAGCAGACCCAGCCUCAGCAGCAGACCCAACAGCAGACACAGCCACUGCAGCAACAGCAGCAGCCUCGCAAGAGUCUUUCACUCACAAGAGACCAAAUGUAUGCAGCCCAAGAAAUGUUCAAGACUGCCAACAAGGUUACCCGACCAGAGAAGGCUCUUAUACUUGGCUUUAUGGCUGGGUCAAGAGAAAACCCAUGUCCGGAACAGGGUGAUAUCAUUCAAAUCAAACUGAGCGAACACACAGAGGUUCUACCGAAGGCAGAUGGCACAGGCAGCACCACAAUGCUGGUGGACACGGUCUUUGAAAUGAACUAUGCCACAGGCCAAUGGACCAGACUGAAGAAGUACAAGCCUAUCACAAAUGUGUCCUGAGAGUUCACCAGGACCUCCAAACUCGUGGACCAAAUCCAGUGUUAUCUUGAUUGCCACUGACCUGGGCUUCGAUGAUUGAUUGUAUUUAUAGACAGUUCCAAAACAUUUGCAGGGGACAUCUAUUUAACAGAUUGUGAUGCAGAAUUUAGGGCUGCCAGAGAGUGGGAUGAAAUGAAUAGAGAAGUGAUUUCCUGCAAUUGGUGUGUUUUUCUGUCUCCUGUGGUGUCAAUGUCUUUUUAAUGAUGGUUCGUUCAGUCUCCAGCUACACUGACAACUUCAGCAUGAAAACUCUUUGAUUUGUGGAAAGCAUGUGGACUCUAGUUACGGCUGAAAGGAGGACCGCAUGACCACAACCUUGAGUUGGUUUGUCAUUUCUGAAAUACUAAGGGGAAAUCAUUUAGCAGCUUAGAUUUGGUUCACUUUUAGUCGUGGGGUUUGAACUGGAGAGCAUUGGAAAGCCAGAUUUCCUGGUAUCUGGUGCCUUCACUGAGUCACAUAAUCAGUUUUUGUAAAGUAUUUGUUGCAGAGGCAGCAUGAUUUAACAACAUUUUUCUAUUUUUUUGUACAGUCGUAAAGAUUCUAGGUUUCUUUCUUUCGCGUGCGCUCUCGUACAGUGUAAGAUGUAAAAUAAUUAGAUUUUCUAUGGAAAAUGAGUGCAGAUUAAAGAUUGCACAGCCAUAAUUGGUUUUCCUGUGUUUAGGCAGCUGGUUGAACUGUCAAUGCUUAAGGGACGGCAGUGCUUUUACUGAACAUACAGUACCAAGCACAAUAAAAUUACAAUGUAACUGGA